AUGUCAGACAAGAAAUCCGACGACGUGCUCCCCAUGGCGAAUGGGAACGGGAAUGGCGUCGCCAACGGCCACAAUGGCGACGCCCACAAGGCCAGGCCGUUUCCCAGCUUUACGCCCGCCCAGUCCAAGACGGAUGCCCUCAAGGGUCUGUCGCCGUCCUUGUCGUCGCUGGAUAACAGCCGUGGCGCGUCUGUGUUUGCGUACUGUUUGAGUUCUAUGAGUAUGACGAUUGUGAAUAAGUAUGUUGUUUCGGGAUCGAACUGGAACAUGAAUUUGCUGUAUCUCGCUGUUCAGUCGAUUGUCGGAACAGCAGCCAUUAUCAUGUGCAAACAGGCUGGCAUGAUCAAGGGACUAGGUCGCUUUGAUUCGCAAAAGGCAAAGACGUGGUUUCCCAUUGCCUUGCUUCUCGUUGCCAUGAUUUACACUGGCAACAAAGCCUUGCAGUACCUGUCUGUGCCUGUGUACACCAUCUUCAAGAAUCUGACCAUCAUUGUCAUUGCCUACGGAGAGGUCCUCUGGUUUGGAAGCAGUGUCACGCCUUUGACGCUUGUUUCGUUCGUCAUGAUGGUGUUUAGUUCUGUUAUCGCCGCCUGGGCUGAUGCAAAGAAUGCCUCCACUGCAGCCGCCAUGACGACUCUCAACCUUGGCUACGGCUGGAUGGGCAUUAAUGUCUUUUGCGCGGCUUUGUAUGCUCUGAGCAUGAACAAGGUUAUCAAGAAGACGGGUUUUAACAACUGGGAAGUCAUGUACUACAACAACCUCCUUACCAUUCCGGUUCUCAUCAUUUCAUCCCUUCUUGUCGAGGACUGGUCGUCCGCCAACUUGAGCAGCAACUUCCCCGCCUCUUCCCGCAACAGCAUGUGCAUCGGUAUGAUCUACUCUGGUCUCGGCGCCAUCUUCAUCUCCUACUCGACGGCGUGGUGUGUCCGUGCUACGUCUUCUACGACCUAUGCCAUGGUUGGCGCGCUCAACAAGUUGCCUGUGGCCAUUAUGGGCAUUGUGUUUUUCGCCGCCCCCGUCACCUUUGGCAGUGUGUCUGCCAUCUUCCUAGGUUUCGUCAGUGGCAUCGUGUAUACGGUGGCCAAGCUGCAGAAGGGCAAGGAGAAGGCUCAACCGGCGUUGCCGCUCACCAACAAGCGGUAA